AACGCAAAGCUUUGUUUCGAGUUGACGGUCGGAGACAUACGCGGGCUGUACGAGUAGAGAGCUUGUCCUGGUUUGGCGUUGCCGCGGAAACUGAAAUAAUAAUACAGGUCAAGAUGGCUGUUCCCCAACAGCCCAUAUCUAUAGCUGCGAGCCUUGACUCUCAGACAUUGGUGGCUACUGUAAGUGGCAACAUUCAGAAACACAGUAUCAAGAAAAAGAAGGUGCUGAACACAGAAGAGAAUGACUUGUUUGAGCUCACUCAGGCUGCUGGCAUUGCAAUGGAUCAAGAAGUCUUUAAGGUGGUUCUGGAUCUGCUGAAGAUGAACGUGGCUCCCCUGGCAGUGUUCCAGAUGCUAAAAGCGAUGUGCGCUGGUCAGCGAGUAAGUGACGCCUCAUCUGCAGAGAGCUUGCCCAACACUCACCAGUCCGGGCUGCCAGAAUCCAGAGUUCGUUUCCCUGCCAAGACCAGUAAAAUCCCUGCACCUCUCUCCUUUUCCUCUGUCCUUCGGCCUCCAAGAUUAGCCAUUAAGAAUGUGGUCUGCAGUCCUGCUGAUGCGUCCUCACCACUCUCUCAAGGUCCCCCUGGUUCCUUCCAGUUUUCUUGCUGCCUCUUUUCACCUUUUACAGUGAGAAGCAAAUCAAGUUGUGUGCCAGCGGGCAGCCAGGCCCCAGCAGAAAGGAGCAGCAGCAGUCGUGACAGCUCAGGCCAGCGUGUUCCUCGGCAGCCCAGCGCCUCAAGACUUCAAAAAUCGGCAAAAGGCACAGGAGUGAACAGUAGCGCUCCGCCACUUGCACCCAGCUAGCGCCACCUAAGCAGACGCACAAAGCCUGAAAGGGAUUCCACUGUACAGAAGCUCCAAUAAACCUCUCUUUACAAAAAUGCUACUGACCACAGCUCAAGGCAGUUUGUCUAAGUGGUUCUUGGAUUGUGUCCUACAGAACUUCGUGCUCCGUUUAUCCACAUUCUUGACAAGUUUGAUCAUUUCCUUCCAAGUUGGUUGGUCGGUCAACUACUACCAUCAUAAGCUCCUAUACAAAUUAAUGUGAGAUAACACAGUAAAUAAAAAGGGGUACUCGGGCUGCAUCCUUACUACUACGUUUCUGUUUAAAAGUAAUAUUUUUUAAAUGAAAAUGAUCUCCAUCCAUACUAGCACUUUCACAUUAAUAACAAAAUUAUCCCUGUCCGAAACCAAAGGCGGCUUAAGAUGUAGUGUGAGGGAUGGCCAGCGUCCUUAUCUGUCCUCAAGAUUGUCAGACGGGGGAGACAACAUGCACAGGAUAUUGUCUCCCCAAGAAUAUUAGAUGGCUGCCACCCCUGGGUUGCAGCAGGGCUAAGGAUUCCCACUAGGCAUCAUGGGACUUGGAGUUUGUUGACUCAGCCCUGUUGGGCUCUGUGGCUGCCGCAGUUGCUGGGGAGCCUAGCUUCAUGAGGCAUCCGCCUUACCCAGAAGUGCAUUUGCACCAUGUGAAUGGAACAGUGGAAGUAUGAAGCUGGGAGAUUGGAAGGCAGACGAAGCUUGCGAGGAGGAGUAGGGGAGGCAGUGAGCGGUGGCAGAAAAAGGUAAAAAAGCGCUGAGCUUGUGCAUUGCUUAUACUUGUGGCUAUGGUGAGAAACACUUGCUUAAGAAGAAUUUCCCACAAUAAAAGACUCUUUUAACUUGUG